AUGGAGCAUAACAAUGGAAAUGAGGUCACUGUAAGUGAAAUGAAGGCUCUUCUUGCAGAGCUUCAAGACAUUGAUGCUGAAGUGGAAACCACCUCCAUGGGUCUGCCCAGAGGGAAUAUAAAUAGUGGACUUAAACCAACAACACAACAGUCCCACAGUUGGCAAAAGCAUGGCUUUUUGUCUAACAUUCCUAAACCUUUGAACAGCCAGAUUCUUUCUAAAGAUGAGGGAAAUUUGUCGGGACAAGCUGUGCCUGAACAUAAACUUUCCUCAAUAGCGAACGUUACUAAUACACCCGGGUUUUCUACCUACACUACUACUUCAGGUGGCGGUAGAGGAUUGAGCGAACAAACCAAGAGACACACACCAAUUCCUCUGGGCAUUCGUUUGGCUCCGAUUGAUUCUCCAGGCGAUAAUUCAAAUCCUGAUAGCCAGUCAAUACAAAAAUUGUCCAGCUAUAACUCGAGGUUAUCCCCAACUGCACUCCCUGGUGCACUUAAUGUCUUGCCACCUCUUUCGACCGGGGAUGCGAUCCUUACUUCUCCACUGACUAUGCAGAACCCACCUACUGAUACGGGAAAAUCCCCUCUUCGAUUUCAUGGGAGUCAACCAUACGUGACCGAAACGGAUAAGUUGGCACAGGAACUUCACCACUCUGUCUCAGCCGAUGAAAAGCAGCACAACUCACCCCCUUCGGACAACUACAACUAUCAAGCAAACUUCCUUCCGAUUAUGUGCGCACUCCAUUUAACCCAGGUUGGGCUGAAGCCACAACCGCGCUGGGGUCAUACCCUCACCGUGGUAGACGACGAGAAACUUUUUAUGUUUGGUGGGAUGGAGGCAACUAGUGCAGAGAGCUGCGCGUUGAUGGUAUUCGACACCAGCUCCAGUGAAUGGGGACCGGUCUACCUGCUGAACAAAAGCAGCGCCACGAAGAUGUCGUCACCUCCGGCCACGCGGUAUCACCACGCGGCGUGUGCUUAUGAAGGUCACUGUUUGAUCAUCUAUGGUGGUGCCGCGGUCCACGACCACCUGAUUUACAAUGACAUUUACAUGUAUAAUACCUUGACUUCCUCAUGGAAAUGCCUAUGGCAAGGCCCACCUUCAGAAACCGAUAAAGGCCAGGGUGAUGGUAAUAAUAUCAACUCUAAAAAACUCAAGAAAAACGAGCCUGCCGCGCGUUUUGGGCAUUCCAUGGUAGUCCGUGAAGAUAGACUUUACGUCUUUGGCGGCAAAGUUGUAGAUCAGGAAGGCGUGACAACAACGAACAGCACAGAUGUGUACGUCUUCUCAGUGAGCUCAUGUUGUUGGAAAAAGCGUAUCAGACUGAACAAAGUGACUACAUGUGCCUCUCCGGACACACAAUCGCCGAGGGAACUUAACACUACGAUAUCAGGGAGCACUUGCCUGAAUGAGAAAGCCGGUAAAGCCAGUAACCCGGAAAAUCGGAUAGGUGAGUUGAAAUCGAAUUCCGUUAGAAACACACUUUGUGCUCGAGCUUACCACGCGGCAACUGUAAAAGGUGAUAACAUGUAUAUCAACGGUGGCUCCGGGGAGGAUGGAAACAUUUUAAGUGACACCUGGCAGUUGAACCUAAGGACGGGUAUGUGGACUUGUCUUCAUAACGGCGAUACCGGCGGCGCGAUCCCUAGGGAACGGCACUCCGUUUUCACCUGUGGUGAGGCUAUCAUGGUAAUUGGCGGAUGUAGUUCGAGUUCCCAGAGUGCAAGUAUCGUGACAAGGUUUGCCCAGUUCGUGUCGGUAUUACCCCUGCUAGGCCAAGCCACCCCCUGUUGGAUUCCUGUGGCGAUAGGAAAUGCCUCCAUCAUUGCUCCCAACAAGAAAAACUUUGCUGCUGCAUUUUGUGGCGGAUUUGUAUACGUUUUUGGUGGCACCUGCGGAUCGGAGUCUAGCAGCAACAGCAUGGUACGUUUUCUUGCUACUGACGGGUACGCAUCCGAGGACGGCAAAGAUGCGGUCGCCGAUGGCGAUGAAUCACUACGCUGUAUGAUGCAAAAUAUUCAAGAGAAAGGUAGCUUCACGGUGCCAUAUGACGUGCUGUCUGUCGCCGACAUCGCAGGCGGUGAUACAGAGGAAUAUGAAAAUAGAGACAGUGAAGAUACGAACAGGGAGUCGCUGCGAGGGUCGCCGGGCGGUCUGGACAACCGAUACCAAGUUGGUUUCCAUCGCGUAAUACUGCAACAACGGUCACCAAAGUUUUUGGACUGCCUCAUGGCAUGCCGUUCAGAGUUUGUGGUGCCUGCCACUAAAAAAGAUACUCUGUCCCGCCGCAGAUUAUCACAAGUGCAGCAGCCAUACAACGACGAUUCCAUAGGUGGCGAUAACGAAAUGAGUGGCGGGGCCAGCUCUGAGGCUGGGGAUGCGGUGGACGCACUUUUGCUACAGAAUAAUACUCAAUACAAAGGACCCUCUCAUUGUGUUUCUGCUACCGGAUGCUCCACAGAUGGCGUACCGAAUGAUCCAACGGCUGGGGGGAUGACACCUGUUGUUCCCAAUGGCAUAGUCUACUAUGUACAGGGGAACAAACGUGUUAAGGGGUUGCCACACCCUCUUACUGCUGAGGAGCUUCGAUGCUUGGCUAAUUACAUUUACUGGGGUGGUCUUAAAGCGAAGUUUCGGAUUCUGCUGAAAGACGACGAUGAUGAUGGUGCUCGAACGAAGGGCGCUUCUGUUGAUGUUACCGAGCGGCAGAGGCUGCGUUCGAUCCUCAUCUCCCUCCGAACUGCAGCAGACGACUACGAUUUGGAACCGCUGCGUGAACUAACGGACGCGCUUCUUGAGGGCGAUCGGCACCGAUUGCAUGAGGCACGUCAACACAGUGCAUGUGCCCUCCGCAAUGACAUGCUGCAACUCCUUAAUUUGGGGAAGGGUGCGACCGUAACUGUCCUCUUCGUUGACCCACAUACCAAGCAGAAAAAAGCGCAUGCCUUGCACCCAGUUGUGCUGGCCAGCUCUAGUAAUUUCUUUGAACAGCUACUUCGACCUUUGUUCAAGGAGGGAAGGACUAAGACUAAUGUAGACGGUGUAGUGGCCAAAUUGUCAGGUUCAGAUGCUUCUAUUUUACGAAAGCGGCUGCAGCAAGAGGAGCAGGGAAACUAUACAGGCCCGACGGAUGCCCAAUUAACUUCGAAAGCAAACCCUUUGUCUUCUUCAAAGACUUCAAUCGUGCUCGGUCCCUUGUCUGUUCCCUUUCCUGCUAUACAAAUUCUGUUGCGUUACCUUUACACGAAACAACUUCAUGUGCCUCAGCAGUUGGCUCUUGAGACGAUGAUGGGUGCCCACCAGCUGCGCCUUUCACUGUUCAGGGCCCACUGCGAGGCCAUCGUGGGACGAUCGGACGUCAACUACAAAAGCUGCUGUUCAUUUUAUUUCCUUUCAAAGCGGUACAAUGCUUCGCUGUUGCAAGAGAUGGCAUUGUUAACGGCAGUCUCCGGAUACUCCAAAGUGCGAUCCGAAGCAGCGUUUCGUGACUUGCCAGAGGAAUGUCGUAAAGUUAUUGAUACCGUUUCAAUGGAACUCGGGUCAGACACCUGGGUGCCACCGCAGAAACCAGGACAAGAGAUCAAACCCUUCAAUGAGUACACUUCCCGGUGGAAUGCAAUUUCUCAUUCAUGA